GAGGAAGAAGGCGUGACUACAGGCACACAACAAUAUUGAACUGCACCCAUGUCACAGAUCAAACCCAGUUUGAAUGCAUCGGACAUAAUAUUAAAGGAAACAACAAGUUUGUUGGAGCUAAGUUAUCCGAUGUUAGGCAGCAGAGGAAUAUGCCGUUUUUCUUUCUAUGCUGAAGAUCAACGCCUGUUCAACAACAACAAACUCGUGGACGUGAACUAGGAAACGGCCGAUACCUCUGUGUUAACCAUGACAGUCUGCUAGUUUUCCUGGACGAUUUCUUCUGGAUUAGUCUGUAAAAUCACCAAACGAGACAUCCUGCAUCGUGUUAGUCGACUAAAAGCAGCGCGUGGACGAGUCGGAAACUCGAGCGCCAUUGAAAACAAAGUUCCGACAAUCUGAGGCUGUUAGACACAAGUGCCUCUUGCACUACUGGUCCCCCCACCCCAGGCAGGUGUGACUCGUUCGUACGACUUCACAAAUGCGACCAUGGGAAGUAGCAGUGAGUAGGCGGCCAUCAACAGCCCCCUUAAACCAGAGGAGGGUCGUCGGGGAGCCUUGCAUCACACCUCUGCACCUCAGGAGAAGUCCUCCAGUGCGACGUCAGUGGGGACAGCGAGAUAUACCUGCUGUGCACACUUCCCUACAUCAGGAUGAGAACUUCCACCACCCUGUCUUCUCCCAGCAUCAGCAGAUUCCUUUAGAUGAGUCCAGGCAAUAUAGCCACACCGGUGCACCUCCACGCAUGCUGCAUACUGCCACACAACCCCCUCAACAGAGCUCCAUCAUGGUGGAUCUUCACGAACAGAUGCAUCAAGGAUCAGUUCCGAUAUCUUACACAGUUACCACGGUGACGACCCAUGGUUUUCCCAUCCACACCGGGCAACCUAUCCCAGCCUGCAAUGCUCAGCAGCUCCCAGCAUGCUCGGUAAUGUUCAGUGGACAGCUCUCUCUGCUCUGCUGCCUUCCUCCUCCACUCAUUCAGGCCUGCACCAUGCAGCACCUGCCUGUGUCCUAUCAGGCAUUUCCACCAUUGAUCUCCAGUGAGCAUUUUAUCCUGCACCCCAGCCCACCAGUGCCGCCCCACCAGCCUCAUCUGCCUCCACUCAACCAGUUUGUCCCCAUACAGCCCCAGCACCCGCGCAUGCCUCUGCAGAGGGUGGAGAAUGAAGUGGAUCUGCGAGGAGACCAGCAUCCGUUAGGAACAUUCUCUUAUCCUCCGGCCCACCAUCCACCAGCAAUGACCCCCUCCGUCCCCCUCCAGUACCUCCCCCAGGAGCCCCUCCAUCAAGAGCUACCCUACGGAGUGCCAUAUCCGCACAUGCUGCCGAGGCGUAUAACUGGACAGAGGUAUCGAUUACAGCAGCCUCUGCCUCCCCCACCCCCUCCACCGCCCUACUACCCUGGCUUCUUACCAUACUUCCUUUCGAUGCUUCCUGUGCCUCCAACUGCUGUGGGUCCUGCUAUCAGUCUGGAUUUGGAUGUAGAUGAUGUGGAGAUGGAAAACUAUGAGGCGUUAUUAAACCUUGCUGAGAGACUCGGAGAAGCGAAACCCAGAGGACUAACGAAAGCUGAUAUAGAGCAACUUCCGUCCUACAGGUUCAAUUUAGAAAACCACCAAUCUGAACAGACUCUAUGCGUUGUAUGCUUUUGUGAUUUUGAGUCAAGGCAGCUACUUCGAGUAUUACCCUGCAACCACGAAUUUCAUGCAAAAUGUGUGGACAAGUGGUUAAAGGCCAAUCGCACCUGUCCAAUCUGUCGAGCCGACGCGUCUGAAGUUCACCGCGAUGUGGAAUGAGUUCAGGUUUUUGUCCUUCACUGGAAAACAGCACAAAUCCUUGAGUGUGUUCUGUGAGUGGGGACACCUGAUCUCCGGCCAAACGCAAAUAUACCCCCCACCCCGCUCCCAACCCCACCUCUACAAUAAGCAAUCUUGGAAUUUGUACGGAACCUGUUUGACCUCUGCUGUUCGUCAUUGUGUGAGUUUCAUGAAAGCUACUGCCGCCUAUAGCCACUUCGGAGUUCUGGAAUUGUGACCGGGUUUUUAUUUUUUUUUUGGGGGGGGGGGGUUUUUUUUAUUUUU